UCUCUCUCUCUCUCUCACACACCCACAUAUUGAGAUCCGGUCUCUUUCGUUUUUGUUUCCCGGAAGGAUCCUAAAAAGAAAAGAUUAGAUGCAUACAUAAAGUAAUUAGCGCGCUCGUCUCUUGGCCCCCUUCUCCCUUUAUGCAUUUAUGUUUUGGGGUUAUUUGGGUGAAGGUAGAUUUUCACUGGAAACUUACCUGCCAUUAGUAAAAUAAUCGGCAGGUUUGGGAAAACCUUUCCUAAAUUUGGGUGGAUAACUUUUUUUUUUCAGGUACAGUAAGGAAUCAUGACAGAAGGCGUCUCGCCUCCACCUUUGAUCAAGGGAUCACCCCCUCGCUGUGGGGCAAAGACGAUGUGAGUCACUGGCUGCGCUGGGCUGAGAAGGAGUACUCUCUGCGGAGGACAGAGCAGGGCAAGUUCGAAAUGAACGGCAAGGCGCUGUGCCUGCUCACCAAGGAGGACUUCCGACUCCGCUCCCCUGGCUCAGGGGAUGUCCUGUAUGAGCUACUGCAGCAGGUGAAGCAGCAGAGGAGAGCCCUGGUGUGCAGCUCUGUGCAGAACCCCACCGCUGGGCAGACAGCCUGCACACCACAGCCCCCAGCACAGCCUGCCGUGGAGGGAUCCCCCGGUGCAGUGCCCUCUACCCUCUCCUACGGGAAAGUGUCCAGCAGCCCAGCUGGCUCUCACACCAGCUCCGCGGCUUUGGCCGCGAUGCGAAGGUCCACCUCCAGCACUGACCACUACCUGGACCCCCGGGACCGGACCUCGGCUCUGCUCGCCUUUACCGGACUCUCAGACAUGCCACGGAUGGGCUCGCAGCCAGGGUCAGAGGCUCAGCUGUGUUCACCCACAGGCAGGUACCACCACCUCGUUAUCACCUGCGCCACUCAGACGCCCCAAGCCCCGCCCACAGCGACACGCUGCAGGGAGGAGCCUCUCAACCUCUCCCAUCGGGGGGACACAUUCCCCGCCCUCCAGCCCGCGCAAGCCAAUGGCAAGAUCGCAGACUGUCGCCUGCUGUGGGACUACGUGUACCAGCUCCUGGCAGACAGCCGCUACGAACCUUUCAUCCGCUGGGAGGACCGCGAGACCAAGGUGUUCCGCGUGGUGGACCCCAAUGGGCUGGCCCGACUCUGGGGGAACCACAAGAACAGGGCUAACAUGACUUAUGAGAAGAUGUCCCGCGCGCUUCGGCAUUACUAUAAACUCAACAUCAUCAAGAAGGAGCCCGGACAGAAACUGCUCUUCAGGUUUCUUAAGACCCCCAGUGAGAUCCUGCAGCACCGCGCUGAGCGUCUGGAGCAGGCAGAGUCUCCGGACCGGGACUCACCGGAUUACAGGGAGGAGGUGCUGGAGCUCUCCCCCUGACCCUGUCCCAGGGCACACAACCCCAAGCCCCGACCCACGACCCCCGACCCCCAACCCCAAAGCCCCAACCCCCAACCCCCAACCCCAUGUUGGAGCUGAACUAGCCUGCUGAGGAGAGGGUAUGGGAGCUGUGCUUGGUAAUUGUUUUGCACUCUAUUGACUUUUAAAUGGGCGGUUUAAACAAGGCCAGGUAAAGUAAUUUGAAACCUGUGAAAUGAAAUUGUGACCUCAAGGAAACCGACGAUUUGCGAUUGUUAUGUUAGGUAGAACACUGCCCCUUGUGGACACUAUGGUACUGCACCUGAGACUUAAUGAGACCUCAGAGUCAUACUGAGUGGAAGAGUGGACCACUGGAAAACGUCUUGCUACCUACCACAGGAAAGAGGUUAAGCACACUACUUUUGUCAUGUAUAUAGCUUCAGAUGUGUUUGUUUGUAAUGUUUUUUUCCUUUGCUUCAGAGUUGAAAGAUGAUUUUUUGUAUUAUUAUAUUAUUGUGAUGAUUGUUUCAGGAAAUGCACAGAAUGUCUGUUUGUAAAUAUGUUUGUUUGUAACCUGAGCCUGCCAGUUGUAAUAAAGUGUGUUUCAACAC